GGAGAACCCAAAACCCUAGGAAUCAACCUUCCACUCUAAAAUUAUCGGCGGAAGCAGAGAAACCCUAUCCAUCGGUUACAUCCAUCGCCGCCGUUAAGAGGAAUUUUGACGGCCGUGAUGUCUAUAGAGAUGCCAAGAGGUUUACCAUUUGCCGUCGACACAUUUGGGCCAUACACGACGACGAAGAGAAGAAAGAGACAUCAUUUCUUAACUCACGCUCACAAAGAUCACACCGUUGGGAUUUCUCCUUCCAACAUCGUCGUCUUCCCCAUUUACUCUACUUCCCUCACCAUCUCUCUUCUUAUUCAACGUCACCCUCAGCUUGAUGAGUCUUUCUUCGUGAGAAUUGAAAUUGGGCAAUCGGUGAUUGUUGAUGAUCCUGAUGGAGAGUUUAAAGUUACUGCUUUUGAUGCCAAUCAUUGUCCUGGAGCCGUCAUGUUCUUGUUUGAAGGAAGUUUCGGUAAUAUACUUCACACUGGUGAUUGUAGGCUUACACUAGAUUGUCUACAUAGUCUACCUGAGAAAUAUGUUGGAAGAAGACAUGGUGUGGCUCCAAAAUGUUGUCUUGAUUACAUUUUCUUAGAUUGUACAUUUGGGAAAUCAUCUCACUCUCAGAGGUUUCCCAGUAAGCAUUCAGCUAUUAGACAGGUUAUCAAUUGCAUAUGGAACCAUCCAGAUGCACCAGUUGUAUAUCUUGCUUGUGAUAUGUUGGGACAAGAGGAUGUUCUGUUAGAAGUUUCUAGAACGUUUGGCUCCAAGAUUUAUGUCGACAAAGCUACAAACUUGGAAUGUUUCAGAUCGUUAAUGGUUAUUGUUCCUGAAAUAGUUUCUGAAGAUCCUUCUUCCCGGUUUCACAUAUUCAGUGGUUUCCCUAAACUGUAUGAAAGAACAAGUGCGAAACUUGCUGAGGCCAGAUCGAAACUUCAGAGUGAACCUCUUAUCAUCCGCCCUUCGGCGCAGUGGUAUGUUUGUGAUGACGAAGAUGAUUGGGAAAGUGGAAGCAUUCAAAAGCAGAGAAAAGUUAGGUUUAGUGAAGCUGUCAAGGAUGAGUUUGGUCUUUGGCAUGUGUGUUACUCAAUGCAUUCAUCUCGAGAGGAAUUGGAAUCAGCGAUGCAACUUCUUUCUCCGAAAUGGGUUGUAUCAACAGUUCCUUCUUGUAGAGCAAUGGAACUGAACUAUGUGAAGAAAAACUGUUUUAUCAGUCGGUUUUCGCCUGAUGAUCCUUUCUGGAAGCUUCUAGACAUCGACAUGGAAGUUUCUCCAGUUGCAGCAGCUGAUUCUCACACAGUAGUUCUUAGUUGUUGUCUCAUGAGUGAAGAAAUUAUUCUGGAUUCUGCAAAAUCAAAGCUAGAACCUGUAGUCGAAUCGUCUAGCACGAAGAAGAAGCUUCUGAGUUUAUCCCCUGAAAAAAAUCUUCCUGUAACUCUCUUUGGGAGAGCAAGGCUAAGUUCUCAGGAAUCUGAUCAACUACAUGAGAGAAAAGUCAUACACACUCAAUGUGUAUACACCAAAACCUCCCUGGUAUCGGAAAAGCUGAAUGUAAAGGAAGUAAUUGAGUCUUUACAAGAUGAUACUAAAGAAGAAACAAUAGAGAAGGGAUCUUGUACAAGCUUUUCUACUUGUACUUCAAAGGAGACUUACAAGGAUCUUAGUGGGGAUUUGAGAAAGCUAUACAGAUCAAUGAACGCACCUGUGCCUCGGCCGCUACCAUCAUUGAUGGAGCUUAUGAACGCUAGGAAACGCUCUCGGAAUCACUUGAGUUUCUAGCUUGCGUUUAACAUCUUAGCCUCAUCACAUUCUUACAGUCUCAAUCCCUUAGUGUUUGAGAAUACAGUUUGUAACUUAAC